AUGGCCUCCCACCAAAGCCAUCACAACCACCAUCGUCGCGAGUCUGAAACUAUUGCUGGAGAGAUCCUACGUACCUUGACCCGCCAGUCCACAUACUCAGAGAGAGUUCGAGAAAGGGAGCUUCGUGAUACCGAGGAAGUGGACGAAGAUGAAAUAAGAAUUGGCGAUUGGAACAUGGCUCAUGAGGUCAAAGAGAUGAAUGCAAACAACAGUGGACAAAAGCCAAAGCAUUUGGGGGUCACUUGGCAGAACCUUACCGUGAAAGGGAUUGGCAAAAGCGCGAUGAUACAGGAAAACUUCCUCUCUCAGUUCAACAUAUGGCAGAGGAUUGUCGAAUCGAGGCAGCCCAGCAGCAUGAAAACGAUUCUGGAAAAUUCACAUGGGUGUGUCAAGCCUGGUGAGAUGUUGCUGGUGCUCGGUCGACCUGGAGCUGGUUGCACUACUCUGCUCAAUUUACUCGCCAACAAACGUUCUGCCUAUGCUGAGAUCCAAGGCGAUGUCCGCUUUGGCAACCUGUCCUCAGAGGAAGCCUCCAAGUACCGUGGACAGAUUGUCAUCAACACCGAGCAAGAAAUCUUUUUCCCGACCCUGACAGUUGGUCAAACCAUGGAUUUUGCUACAAUGAUGAAAAUUCCCGACAAAGGCAUUCGCGGGACACAGACCGAAAAGGAAUAUCAACAGCAGAUGAAGGACUUCUUGCUACGUUCUAUGGGUAUUGAACAUACGCAUGAUACCAAAGUCGGGAACGAGUAUGUUCGUGGUGUCUCAGGUGGUGAGAGGAAGCGAGUGUCCAUCAUCGAAUGCUUGGCGACUCGAGCAAGUGUCUUCUGUUGGGACAACAGCACUCGCGGUCUUGACGCAAGUACUGCUCUGGAGUGGGCCAAGGCAAUCCGAGCCAUGACGACGAUAUUAGGUAUCACAACAAUCGCAACACUAUACCAAGCUGGAAAUGGCAUCUUCGAACAAUUCGACAAAGUCCUAGUUCUCGAUGAGGGCAAGCAGAUUUUCUACGGCCCAAGAGAUGAGGCACGUCCUUUCAUGGAGCAGCUCGGGUUUCUAUGCGAUCCCUCAGCCAACGUCGCAGAUUUCCUGACUGGCGUAACGGUCUCUUCUGAGAGAGGCAUUCGGGCCGGCUUUGAGGCUUCAUUUCCUCGCUCGGCCGAGGCAGUUCGUGAACGCUACGAGCAAUCCAAUAUUCACCAGCGAAUGCAACUCGAAUAUGCCUUUCCGGAAUCAGACUACGCACAGUCAAGCACAGAGGACUUCAAGCAAUCUGUUGCAACGGAGAAAUCCAGACACCUGCCAAAGAACUCGCAAUUCACCGUACCCCUGAGCAAGCAAAUCUCCACUGCUGUCAUGCGUCAAUAUCAAAUUCUCUGGGGCGACAGAGCAACCUUCAUCAUCAAACAAGCAUUUACCAUUGUUCUCGCAUUGAUGACUGGUAGCUUGUUCUACAACACUCCCAAUACAAGCGGUGGUAUUUUCGGCAAAGGAGGUACGCUAUUUAUUAGUGUGCUCUCCUUUGGUUUAAUGGCACUCUCUGAAGUGACUGAUAGUUUCUCUGGAAGACCCGUUCUCGCCAAGCACAAGGAGUUUGCUUUCUAUCAUCCUGCUGCGUUUUGCCUCGCACAGAUCACCGCAGAUAUCCCAAUCAUAGCUUCCCAAGUUACUACUUUCUCGCUGAUCGUGUAUUUCAUGGUCGGACUGAAGCAGGAUGCUGGUGCGUUCUUCACGUAUUGGGUUCUCCUGUUCUCAGUUUCCAUCUGCAUGACUGCAUUGUUUCGACUGAUUGGGUCUGCUUUCGACAAAUUCGACGAUGCCUCGAAAAUCUCCGGGUUUACGGUCUCGGCUUUGAUCAUGUAUUCGGGCUACAUGAUUCCAAAAACAGCCAUGCAUCCGUGGUUUGUCUGGAUAUACUGGAUUAACCCGUUGGCUUAUGGCUUUGAAAGUCUGAUGGCUAAUGAGUUCAAAGGGCAAAUAGUGCGUUGUGUCAUUCCCAACCUCAUACCUGCCGGACCUGGCUACAAUAUGACAAGCAAUAAUGCCUGCGCUGGCAUUGCGGGGGCAGCAGUCGGAGCAAACUCCCUCAGUGGCGAAGAAUACCUGGCCUCUCUAUCGUAUGCUACAGAUCAUCUCUGGAGAAACUUUGGAAUUCUUUGGGCGUGGUGGGUCUUGUUCACUGCUCUGACUAUAUUCUUCACGAGUCAUUGGAAGAAUACGUUUACCGGAGGUGACUCACUUUUGGUUCCACGCGAGAAUGUAAAGAAAGCAAAAACUGUUUUGGCAGCUGAUGAAGAGUCUCAAGUGGACGAAAAGGUCCCUGAAUCCUCAGAUUCGAGCGGUGUGCUCGCUUCCUCCGCGAGGGACACAUCCGAUGGGCUAAUCCGCAAUGAGUCUGUUUUCACUUGGAAAAACCUAUCGUAUACCGUCAAAACCCCAAACGGUCCACGAGUAUUACUAGAUAAUGUCCAAGGAUGGAUAAAGCCGGGGACUUUGGGCGCACUUAUGGGAUCUAGUGGGGCUGGCAAAACUACGCUAAUGGAUGUUCUUGCUCAACGUAAAACCGAAGGGACGAUCCAAGGUUCUAUCCUUGUCGAUGGAAGACCUCUUCCAGUUUCAUUUCAACGUAGUGCUGGUUACUGUGAGCAAUUAGACGUUCACGAACCAUACACGACUGUAAGGGAGGCUCUAGAAUUUUCUGCUCUUCUGCGUCAGUCAGCGGACACACCAAGGGCAGAGAAACUUCGCUAUGUCGAUAAGGUCAUUGAUCUCCUCGAGCUCCGCGAUUUGGAGCAUACACUGAUUGGUCGAGCUGGCGCAGGCCUCUCAAUUGAACAAACAAAACGAGUCACUAUAGGCGUUGAGCUGGUAGCGAAGCCUAGCAUCCUUAUCUUCUUGGAUGAACCAACGAGUGGCUUGGAUGGCCAGUCUGCGUUCAAUACAUUGCGGUUCCUUCGCAAACUUGCUGGGGCUGGACAAGCCAUUCUCUGCACGAUCCAUCAGCCCAGCGCGCAAUUGUUUGCCGAGUUUGACACUCUUCUCCUGCUUACCAAAGGUGGUAAGACAGUUUAUUUUGGAGACAUCGGUACCAACGCAGCCACGAUAAAGGAUUACUUUGGACGCAACGGAGCCCCAUGUCCCGCAGAAGCGAACCCAGCAGAGCACAUGAUCGACGUUGUUUCAGGCACUCUCUCGCAAGGCAAGGACUGGAACAAGGUGUGGUUGGAGUCUCCAGAGCACGCUGAAGUCGUCGAGGAACUUGAUCAUAUCAUCACUGAAACUGCUGCACAACCGCCUAAGAACUUUGACGACGGAAAGGCUUUCGCCGCGGAUAUGUGGACCCAGAUAAAGAUUGUCACACGCCGCAUGAACAUCGCACUUUACAGGAAUAUUGAUUACGUUAACAACAAGAUAUCCCUGCACAUUGGCUCUGCUCUGUUCAACGGAUUUACGUUCUGGAUGAUUGGAAAUAGCGUGGCAGACUUGCAACUGGCUCUGUUUGCCAACUUCAACUUCAUCUUCGUUGCGCCUGGUGUAUUUGCGCAGCUGCAGCCAUUGUUCAUCGAACGCCGCGACAUCUACGACGCUCGUGAAAAGAAGAGCAAGAUCUAUUCUUGGGUAGCCUUCGUCACUGGCGUGAUCGUCAGUGAAUUCGCCUAUCUCGUCCUCUGCGCAGUUCUCUAUUUCGUCUGCUUCUACUACACCGUGGGCUUCCCAUCUGCUAGCAAGGAUGCUGGCGCCGUGUUUUUCAUCAUGCUCAUUUACGAGUUCAUUUACACGGGCAUAGGACAGUUCGUCGCCGCAUACGCUCCCAACGCUAUCGCUGCAAGUCUCGUCAAUCCAGUCGUCAUCUCCGCCUUGACAUCAUUCUGCGGUGUUCUCCUCCCGUAUAGCCAGAUCACGCCAUUUUGGCGUUACUGGAUGUACUACGUCAACCCAUUUACAUACCUCAUGGGAGGCUUGCUCACUUUUACUAUGUGGGACAAGGAGGUUAUCUGCAAGACGUCUGAGUUUGCAGUGUUCGACCCGCCAAAUGGCCAGUCCUGCGGCGCUUACUUGGAACCAUAUCUCCAAGGCUUGGGAAGAGCAGCGAACUUGGUGAAUCCAGAUGCGAUGGAAACUUGCAGAGUGUGUCAGUACCGGAAGGGAAGUGAUUACUUAGCCACCCUCAAUAUCAAAGAGCAUUACUAUGGUUGGAGGAAUAUCGGAAUAUGCGCUCUGUUCGCUCUGAGCUCGUACGGUUUGGUUUAUGGGCUUAUGAAAUUGAGAACAAAGACGUCGAAGAAGGCAGAGUGA